UCGCAGGGGCGCGGGAGCCAGGCCCCGCCCUCCCAGGAUCACCCCGCCCAUCUCCAAACGUGUUGCAGGAAAAGCCCCAACAGUUCGGUCGGAGCAAGUCAGGGCGCGCGCACUUCCUCCUCCUCCUCCUCCUCAGCUCUUCUCCUGCUGCACCAUGGACUGGGGAGCGGACCUGUGGGACCAACAUGACGUCAUCGACAAGCACACGCAGGCGGGGCUGGACCUGGUGGAGCGCUACAUCAAGUUUGUGAAGGAGCGCUCGGAGGUGGAGCAGAGCUACGCCAAGCAGCUCAGGAGUCUGACCAAGAAGUUCUUCAAACGGGGAAGCAGAGAGGAGCAGGACUGCAGGUUCAGCAACCACGCGGCUUUCCAGGAGCUCCUCAACGAGCUCAACGACUACGCGGGUCAGAGGGAGCUGAUCGCCGAGAACAUGAUGACCAGCAUCUGUGUGGAGCUCACCAAGUACCUGCAGGACCUGAAGCAGGAGCGGAAGACGCACCUGGCCGACGCCAAGAAAGCUCAGCAGAACCUGGAGAGCAGCUUCAAGCACCUGGAGAGUGCCAAGAAGCGCUUCGCCAAAGAGUGGGCCGAAGCCGAGAAAGCGGCACAGCAAGCUGAGAAGAUCGAGCAGGACCUGAACGCCACCCGGAUGGACGUGGACAAGGCCAAGCUGCACUGCAGCGCUCGCACUCACGCCGCCGAGGAGUGCAAGAGCGACUACGCCGCUCAGCUGCAGAAGUACAACAAGGAGCAGAGGUUCUUCUACUACACCGAGAUCCCUCAGAUCUUCAACAAGCUGCAGGACAUGGACGAGCGCCGCAUCCGCCGCCUGGCCCAGGGCUACUGCCAGUUCUCGGAGGUGGAGCAGGCCGUGGUGCCCAUCAUCUCCAAGUGUCUGGAGGGCGUGGCCGCCGCCGGCGGGAGGAUCAGCGAGAAGCAGGACUCGCUGCUUCUCAUCGAGCAGCACAAGUCUGGGUUCGAGAGGCCGGCCGACGUGGAGUUCGAGGACUACAUGCAGGGAAUCAAACCGGUCACCUCCGACUCCAGCCUGCACCCGCCCAAAGUGCGCGCCAAGCUCUGGCCGUUCACCAAGAGGCACAAGACGUCACACGCUGAGAAACACAUGCCUCCUCCUGCAGAAGACUUCUCUCACCUUCCUCCGGAGCAGAGGAAGAAGAAGCUGCAGGCCAAGAUCGAGGAGGUUUCUCGAGACCUGCUGAAAGCUCAGGAGGAGAGCGACGCUCUGGAGAAGAUGAAGGGUGUGUACGAGCAGAACACGCAGCUGGGAAACCCAAACUCUCUGGAGCCUCAGAUCAGCGAGACGGCGCAGAACAUCGGACGCCUGCGAGGAGAGCUCGCCAAGUACGAGACCUGGCUCUCUGAAGCCGUCGGCAGCGAAGACUCCACCAACGUCAUCAACAACAACGCGCCCCGCGACUCGGCCGGCCACAUCUACACCGAGUUCGACGACGAGUUUGAGGAGGCUCCCAUUGGUCAGUGCACGGCGCUCUACACCUUCCAGGGCAGCAGCGAGGGGACCAUCUCCAUCACGGACGGCGAGCAGCUGAGCAUCAUGGAGGAGGACAAGGGCGACGGCUGGAUGAGGGUCCUGAGGGCCAACGGAGAGGAGGGUUACAUCCCCUCGUCCUACGUCAAGGUCGGACCCUGACACUCAAGGUCGCGGCACUUUUUCCUCAAUGUGAAUCCAGACGUCGACCUUCAGCCGACCUCUGAUGUGAACUGGAAGCCACGCCUCUCGCUCCCGGAGGAGGAGCCGCGCAUCUGGACUGGACUGGACUCCGCUCCUCAGCCGCAGUGUUGUCCUGACACACCACACGCAGCAGGCUUCUUUCUCUCGCUCGCUCUUUAUAAACAGUCUCAACAUCAGAGUAAUAAAGUGGGCGUGGCUUCACUGCUUCAGUCCGGCUG